AUGUUCAAUACCACCACAGUGACUGACUUUGUGCUCCUCGAAUUUUCAGAGGCUUGGGAACUGCAGAUUCUGCACUUCAUUAUAUUUCUAGUAUUGUACUUGGCAAGCUUAAUGGGGAACCUUCUCAUAAUUUCUGCAGUAGCUUCUGAUCACCACUUGCACAGACCAAUGUAUUUCUUUUUGAUGAACUUGGCUAUUCAGGACCUUGGACAAGUUUCAGUUAUUGUUCCCAAAUCCAUGGCCAAUUCCCUCUUAAAUACUAGGCAAAUUUCUUAUUCUGGAUGUGUAGCUCAGAUCCUUUUGUUCAACUUCUUUAUAUCAUCCAACUUCUUCCUUCUCACACUCAUGGCUUAUGAUCGGUAUGUUGCCAUCUGCAAUCCAUUGUACUAUGAGAUGGUGAUGAAUAAGCAAGCCUACAUACAAGCGGUGGCCUGUGUGUGGAUCAGUGGUUUUCUCCAUGCAGUGCUACACACCAGCAGCACCUUUGCAACCCCAUUUUGCUCCAAUGUUGUCAAUCAGUUCUUCUGUGAAAUUCCACAGUUACUGAAGCUUGCAUGCUCAGAUUUAUACCUUAUUGAAAUUGGAGCUGUUAUGCUGAGCUUUAUCAUCGGGCUAGGCUGUUUUACCUUCAUCGUUGUAACUUAUGUGCAGAUUUUCUAUGCAGUGUUGAGAAUUCCCUCUGUGCAAGGAAGGCAAAAGGCUUACUCAACUUGCAUUCCCCAUCUCACUGUCAUCUUCACGUUAUUCUUUACUGGAUUCUUUGCCUACCUGCGGUCUACCUCUGUUCUGAAUUUGGUAUUUACUAUGGUAUAUUCAAUGGUUCCACCCAUGCUGAAUCCAGUGAUUUACAGUAUGAGAAACAAAGAGAUCAAGGCUGUCAUGUCAAAGUUAUUAGGUUUUACUCAAAGUACAUCAUCAAGUCUUUUUUAA